CGUCAUUCUGCCCACUGCUCUCGUACAAUACACUCUUCCCCCCCUUCUCAUCCGCCACACCCCCCUUGUAUAUCUUUAUUUGCGCCCAUUCGAAAGGGAAAACACUAUUGCAGCUAUUUUGUUCGGGAAAGUCGGCUUUCGCGCGCCUCUGCAAGAGAAUGUCAGAUACCGCCGACGAUGAACCCGUAUACAAGCGUAAGCGGGUCGCAAAGGCCUGCCAGACCUGCCGAUCCAUGAAAUCCAAAUGUGACGGGAAACAGCCAAAGUGUGGAAGAUGCGUCGGGUAUGGCUACGACUGCAUCUACUCAGUAGGACGACCUCGUCGUCGACGGGAAAAGGCCACCGGCAACGGAGAUGCCGACGCAGAAGGUACUUCGGCCGGCCCUGGCCCCGGUGCGCACAUGCAUGCCGCCCUUAAGAUCGCCGUAGAUCAGUAUGAGGCUCUGGUGCAGAGCCUCAUCACGCAGCUACCCUCAGCGCAACAGCAGCAAGACGCCCAGACGCAGCUCAACUCCAUCAAGUCGCAAGUUGACCAGGCCGUGAAUAAGACGUCCUCGACAGAGACGCCGUCAUACUCGCCGGACGUGGACCGUGGACAGCACAACCACCACGACUACCAACCUUCCCCAACACCUUCGCUCAAGCCUAGCCAGAGGUACUUGGGCGAGGUCAGCGACGUGCACUUCUUCAAUGUGAUCAAGCGAAUCCUCCAGACCAAAGACACUCCCGGCGGCGGCGGUGGCGGCAGUAGUGGUGGGGUGGACCACGACUUUGACAGCUACGAACAGGACGGCGACGCGCUGCUUGCCGGCGCCGCCGCAGGAGGGAGGCUGGUGGAGCUUCCCGGACCCGAAAAGGAGCGCAAGUUCACCGACGUGUACUUUGCAACCAUUCACCUCGCAUACCCUUUCAUACCGCAGUCCACCUUCUCGAAGCUGUGUGACAGGAUAGGGGGGGCGCCCAACGGCGGUGAUCGUUUGGGGGGCACGGAAUCUGCUCUGUAUUAUGUAAUCUGCGCCAUUGGCUCAUAUUAUACGUCUUUUCUGGAAAAGAACUCGGAUACCCGACAUUUCCACGGCGUCUACUUUCAGCGCGCUUUAGCUCUUGCUGCGUCGACGGCAUCGUCGGAUCGGUCAAUCAACCAGGUCUCACUGCUUCUGACGCAAUGUUUCUACUAUCUCGCGGUAUCUCGGACGGAUAGCUGCUGGAUGACCCUGGGCCAAGCCGUCCGGAUCGCGCAAGGUAUCGGUCUGCACGUCGAGAAAGACAAGAACAACCCCCGGCACACGGUUGAAACCGAGACGCGUCGCCGGGUGUGGUACUCGAUCUACGUCCUGGACCGUCUCCUCUCCCUCCAGCUGGGCCGCCCCGCGGCCGUACACGAAGACGACUUCAAUGUACCGCUCCCUUCGCGGCGUGCCGACUCGGAGAUUGACUGGGAGGCCACACACAUGGAGCCACCGGUCGAGGAGACGUCGGGCGGGGACUACUUCCUCGCCGUCAUUGGCUUCUCGCAGAUUCUGGGCCGCGCGCUGCGGGAUGUUUUUGGGCCGAGGCACUCGCAGCUCACCUCUGCGGGUGCCCUCCGGACGAGGGAACUGGAUCGCCAGCUUGUGGAUUGGAAGUCGAAGCUCCCGCGACGUUUGCGAUUUGAUCUCGGGCAUGCCUUUGACCAGAACUUUGCAUUCAAGAGACAGCGGAACAUACUCGCAGUCAAGUUCCACCAUCUGCGGGCUCUUCUCCACCGGCCAUACCUAUGCUACCCCCUUCUCCGCGGCCUCGACGACACAUCCUCCACACUCUCCGAGGUAGACUGGCAUCUCGUCAGCAUAUCCGAAAAGACAUGCGUCGCCGAGGCGCGGGAGACGGCGCGGCUGCUGCACGGCGUUUCGAGCGAAAAGGACCUGGUCCAUGACUUCCCCUGGUGGCAAAUGAUUUCGUGUCUCUUGUGCGCGAGCUCCAUCCUGUUGAUAUCCAGCACGUUUACGCAGCCCAUGGCGGAGGAUGAGGCCGUCUUUGACACCGAGGGGCUGUCGGACGACGCGGAGACGUGUCUCAAGAUGUUUGAGGCUUUGAGCUGUAACUCAUCGAGCGCCAAGAGCGCGCGGGACAUGUUGAAAGGGCUCAAGGAGUGCGGCAUCGACUGGAAGAGCAAGAAUCCGCCUCGGCCGGCGGUAUUCGCUGAGAUGCCGCCGCAGCAACAGCAUCAGCAGCAACAGCAUGUGCCGAACAGCUCGAUGCAGGCGCAACAUCAGGCGCAGCAGGCGAUGCUAUCGCCGGUGGAGAUGGGUGCGUUGAGCGGGAUGCCGGACUCUGCUACUGCGCAGGAUAUGGGAAUGCUUGGUAUGGGUGUCGCUCCGUUGGCGCCGGGUCAGUGGCCGGCGGAAAUUGUGGACUCGAUGGCGUGGUCUGCGCAGUUCUUUGAUGCCAUUCAGGGGUAUGGGAAUGGCGAGUAAGGGGCAUGUUUUGGCGGGAUCAAUGCUGUAAUAACAUAAUGAUGUAAGUUGGUCAUCAUGUACAAAAGUCAUGUGUACAUUUAGUCAAAGAGAGACAGUGAGGUACGUUGUGAUGAUUGGCAUCAAGUCAGUCCGUCGCAGCCAAUUCAUUGAUUCAUUGAUGUAAGUGUAAACAGAUUGGUAGCAAAACAAUGCCAUCAAUUCGUCGUAGGCUCACUCUUGUUUGAUGAUAGGUUUUUGUCAUCUAGAAGUAAUGUCUCUUCCGACUGGAGGGCCUCUAUGUGUGUAUUUAGAGGCCAAGAUAAGGUAAAGUAAGGUGAGGUAAAGUAAGGCAAGGUGAGGUGAGGUGAGGUGAGGUGAAGGGUGCACCUUGUCAAGAUACGUACCCAGGUGGACUGCCGGGAGCUUCGACCCCCGGACGGCCCAGGCGG